GACAGCGACGUGGACCCCUCGCCAGAUCCGAUGCCCAGCGGCGCGGUCUCCGAGGUUCCGUCUUCCACCUUUGGUGUUCACGCCCUGGACGCACCGCCCUUCGUACCGGCGGCCCUGGGCACCCCAGAUACCACGCAAACUCCGCCAGUUGCUGGCAAGCCUACGCAAGUGAUGCCGGACAUGACCCAGGAGAAAGUUGAGAAGGCCCCAAUUGAUACGACAAGUUCGUCGGGUCAACCGGAAAGGACUGAGCUGCGCUUGGACGAUAUCUUGCCCAAGGAGGCAAACACGUCCAGCCCUGAGGGCCUGAACGACUUCUUCGCCAUCCUGAAGCAGAGGCCUUUGCCACUGGACCUGGAAGAAGACCAGCGGCAGCUGACGGCCUUCAACGCCGCGAUCGCAAAGGUGAUCCUGGAUCUGUACAAGAAGCGCUCUCCGCCGACUGUGAAGUUGUUGCAGAGCAAACUUAGGGAAAGCCAACAGUUCUCAGAGGAGCACAUCCAAUCGGUUCUUCUCGUGUGUGCGAGAGAUGUGCCGAAGAUCUACCAGAUCGUGUCUUCAUCAAAGGGCCAAAGCGCUGCAACGCGAUGCCGACGAGUCAUCCUGCUGACCAAGCCGCCAAUGUGGUUCCAGGGAUUCCCGCCUGAGGAGUUGCUGCAGGACGAGCCGCCGGAUCAAAACGCAAACAACAUGACGAUGGAGGGCCUUCAUGCUGGGGAGAAGCAGGCGUUACAACCUCUGGCGCCUUCCGAUUCCGAGUCUCUGAAGGUCUUCCAUAGCCUUCUCUGGGACGAGUCCUUCCUUCUACCGAAGCAGGUUGUGAAAGCCGCCGCCGAGCUGAAGCGCAAGAUUCCGCAAUACUUCCAGGCCUCUGUCGUAGAAUUGGAGAAUGUGGUCAAGGAAGCUUUGCGGAGGAAGUGGCUCCGGUUGACCAACGAAGGCUUACGACCCUCCAACUACGGAUCCAACAGUUCAAUGAACAACAAUUCCAGGAAGCCUGCGCCCAUUGGGCCCUUGGCUCCUGGAGCCUAUCCUGCGCAAGCAGCGGGCGGCUUUCAGACUGCUCAGCGGGAAUGGCAGUCAGGGAAGCAUCAGGCAAGUUCCGAAACCUCAGAUGGGCAGGAGAGAACUGCAUAUAGCCAGGAUGCGUCAGAGGAAGGGCAUGCCAAGCAGGAUGUGUCUGGUUUUCUCACCGAGCUGAUGUUGCUGUUCCCGACUGGCAUGCGCUUCGCGCAUCUCAAGGAGUACCUGAAGACCUCCAAUGAUGGAUUUUUCUCUGAGAACACCUUUCAUUGUCCCUCAAUUGCUUCAGAGUUCGAAGGGGCGGCAACUGAGAGGGCCAAUGGAGGCCGUUGGCGCAAUUAA